AUGCACAGCAUGCAGCAAACAGCUGCCUGCCAUCAUCACUCAUUGCAAUGGGUAGACAGUCUCUCUAUCACCAUCCGUCUCGCUUUCUGCUUCUACAGUCACUCCCAUCACAUGAGUCCCCUUCAAGUAGGGGGCCAAAAAGCCCCCUAUCACAAGCUCUCUCUCUCUCUCUCUCUCUCUCUCUCUCUCUCUCUCUCUCUCUCUCUCUCUCUCUCUCUCUCUCUCUCUCUCUCUCUCUCUCUCUCUCUCUCUCUCUCUCUCUCUCUCUCUCUCUCUCUCUCUUACAUUUUGAAGUCUCUUCUUGUCUCUCUCUCUCUGUCUCUCUGCUUAUACGCGCGAGGGGUGGUGGUGCAGGUGACUGCCACUGCGCCCAUGUCCAACGGCACCACGACCGCUCUUCCUGCCAAUGUCACAACAACCACAGGAGCGACCACGCCCAUGCCCAACAGCACCACGACCACUCUUCCUGCCAAUGUCACAACAACCACAGGAGCGACCACGCCCAUGCCCAACAGCACCACGACCGCUCUUCCUGCCAAUGUCACAACAACCACAGGAGCGACCACGACCAUGCCCAACAGCACCACGACCGCUCUUCCUGCCAAUGUCACAACAACCACAGGAGCGACCACGACCAUGCCCGACGGCACCACGACCGCUCUUCCUGCCAAUGUCACAACAACCACAGGAGCGACCACGCCCAUGCCCAACAGCACCACGACCGCUCUUCCUGCCAAUGUCACAACAACCACAGGAGCGAUCACACCCACGCCCAACGGCACCACAACUGCAACAGUGCCAAACGUCACGACGACUACAAAUCCCGCCACCACCACGUUUCCUGCCAAUGUCAGCACGACCACGCUACCACCAUCGCCUCCCAACGAGCCCACAAUUGUUUUCGAUCAAGGUGUUGGUAUUGGCUUUCAGGACCUCAUCGUGUAUGAACCCACCUCGGAGAAUGCCCCUCCUCGAGUGUUUUGCAACGGUGCCGCAACCUCCGUGCAACAGCUGGUCUGUACCUACCAUGGCCUCUGGGUCAACGGCUUGACCUCAAGCGUGAACAAUAGCAAUUCAUCCUUUGUUAUCACCUUGACUUGGGUUGAUGAGCUGGCUGGUUCGCCGACCCAAGAGCAAAACCGCACCACCCUGCCGGUCCCGGAAACCCUCAGCUUUGAAUUUGGCGGCACGGAUCCAUUGCGCUUGGUUGAAAUUCGCUACACCGAAAAAUUGGCGACCGGCCUCAAGGUGUCCCUCUUUGCCAACGCCUCAGUGGAGCGCGCCACUCAGGGCAUUCAUCCCCACCAAGCGCUGGCCUGUGAUAUGGCAACGCUCAAUGCUUCAACGACAUCCAACAAUGGCACGACCAACUCCACCCUUGCCACCUUUGUUAUCUCCCACCUCCAGGCGCAAGGCGAUGCGUCUGACAUCCGCUUUUCAGACAACAAAAAGUCAUGUCACCCCACCACCACCACCACCACCACCACAGCAACAACAGCAAACCCGUCCACCACGUCUGCGCCUGCGCGGGACGGAAAGCACGGUCUCACUACCGGUGUUCUCGCAGCCAUCUCAAUUGGCGCCUUGCUUGUACUGGGUGGUGGCCUGGCCUUUGUGAUGCGCCGCCGCUUGAAAAAACAACGCGAAUUCGGUUACGCGCUUGUUAAUGAGCUCCCAGACCAGGUGGCUGAAUAAGCAGUGCCUUGACCAUGUAGUACGCCGGUGGCAAGCCGAACCUCGGGUUCCCAUGCGCAC